UGCAUCCUCUUCUUGACUUUCCUCUUGUUCAUGAUGGAUCACAAAUUUGAUGAGAAAAAAAUAAACUAGAGAAAACUUAUAGGUACCUACGUACUAUAAAAUUCACAAAAUAAUAAUUUGAGUCAAUAAAACGUGUCAUGGAUUUUGCGUGACACAUUUUUAGACUUGGGCACCAAGUAUACUCGAUACCCAAACCCUAGGACGCUGAAAAUGGUCUCUCAAAAUAAGUUGACGAAUAAUCGAGAGAUUUUAAAACGUUGAAGAUUGAUGAACAACUGUCAUCUCAUUCUCUUUAAAUACUGGAACAGAGCUGUAAAACAGAAAUCUUGGUUUGGAGGGCGGUGUAGGGCAUUUGUUCCUCUUGGUACAUAGUUGAUGUAGAAGGGAGAAAGAGAUGGUAUUAUGGGAGAUAACAUUGGCCACGGCGUAUGUCCUUGGUCUGAAGAGAACAUAUAGGCUUGCAUUAAAGCUUCAGCGCCGCCUCAUCAAGCCACGGCAUCCCCGCAUUCGAGAUUUCGUUCACAGGCGCACUCGAAAUAUUUUUGAUGUAGCACUCACUGUGCACAGGAAAGUACAAGAACGAGACAUUGAAGUAGGGAGGAAUUUUGGUAAUUGGAUUUUGCGAUUUCUUGACCGCAUUAAACCGUCAGCCAACAUUAGAGGUGAUCCUCCCUGCACUAGCAAAACUGUGGUGGCCAAAGUCAAACCAUCUACAGGAAUCAAUUCUACAAGUGCACGCCAGUUGAGUGGAGACAGAGAAGCUGGUAGAAGUCUUUUUGUCACAUCUAAGCAAGUGUCAAGAAUAGAAAAUGGGCACUUCACAUCAUUAUCAAAGUACAGAGAGAAAGAAGGAUUUCAUUUGUGUUCAGGGCUUGGAAUAAGUUCAUUACCUAAGAUGACACAUCAUCUUUUCUGGCAGCCUGUGAGACAAAACCUCAGAACCUUGGGUUCCUGCAUAGAUGGGCCAUUCUAUGCUUCUUUGACAUCACGGUCAUAUUCAAAACAAUUUUCAAGAGGUGUCAUACGUGAAGAUAUUGCUGCAUGGAUGCAACACUAAGAGAGGCGAUAGGCACUAAACGUUUGAAAGUUUUUUGGCAUAUAUGAAAUAAUGGAGUGGGUUCCUGUUUAUACAAAUUAGUCAAUCUGGAGUUCAAAAUAAUCUUUCCAAUCUGUCGUAUGCCUCACAGGAUUAGGGUUGAAUAUAGCUGCAGUUGAUAUGCUCCUGUUUAUGAUCAAGAUGCGUUCAUUUGAAGCAUCUUUAGAUCAAUUAUGCUGUGAAAAUAUUAGACAUUUAAAAAGAAUUUUGAUUAGUGAGUUGAUAAUUGAUCCUGUUCUUUUAAUU